UUAUAUUAUGAAUAAAAAAUCUUCAAAUCAGUUUGUUGAUCUGAUUUAGGAGUGACACUUCCGGUGUGAAUGCAGCAAUGUUCGAGAAACAUAUGAAAGUGUACAAUUUCAUUAAUUUUCUGUCGUCAUUUUUAGCCACGGAUUCGUGUGCGCGUUGUUAAAUUGAAGAUUAUUAGGUUUUUAUUCUUUACAACGGCUUAGAAGAGUAGUGUGCAUCCAUUCCUUUAUUAUAUCGUGGAAUCAGGACUGAACAGUCGCUUCAACGCGGGGGAAGGUUGGUGAAUCCGACUUGUGUUUUUCUGGUGCGAGAAACACCGAAGGAUCGACAAUUUAUCCCAUCAGUGAGCUCUCGUCCAGUGGGGCGCUACCCUUUUAUAUGACUUUAGCAAGAUAUACAGAGACUAAAGUUCAGUGUGAGGAGAGUGGUCGGUUUGUGGUCGCGAAGAACGCCGGCUGCCGACAAGCGUGCAUGACGCUUCACACAACCAGCAAUACUGCUCGCAGAAGAUCAAAGUUUUGCAGCAACAGGCAUCGGAAAUUGCUGGCCCUUCGGCAAACGUGACUGGCGCGCGUCGCGGGAGCACUCCCCGCAUGCCGCACUAGACGCGAACCCGCGCGAGCUACAUCUACAUCUCUACCGAUCCAGUGUAAAAUAUCAUCCGGGUUAUUUAUUUAGUGUAAUAUAGUAUAGAGUAGGAUAGAGGAUGGGGUCCCUGAACGUGAACCGCAAUGUGGCGGACGCGUUCUACCGCUACAAGAUGCCGCGGAUCUGUGCCAAGGUGGAGGGCAAGGGCAACGGCAUCAAGACCGUCAUCGUCAACAUGCCCGAGGUGGCUAAGGCGCUGGGCCGCCCCCCCACUUAUCCGACGAAGUAUUUCGGUUGUGAGCUGGGCGCGCAGACGCAGUUCGACUUCAAGAACGAACGGUUCAUUGUGAACGGGAGCCACGACUCGGCCAAACUGCAGGACUUGCUUGACGGAUUCAUCCGGAAGUUCGUGCUGUGCCCCGAGUGCGACAAUCCCGAGACGGAGCUGAUCGUGUCCACGAAGCGGAAUACAAUAUCGCAGGGCUGCAAGGCGUGCGGCUACCACGGCCAGCUGGAGUUCAACCACAAGCUGAACACAUUCAUACUGAAGAACCCGCCCGCCGCCGACCCCAGCGUGCAGGGGUCUUCAUUGACUGAGGGCAACCGGGGUAAGAGGUCCAAGCGAAGCGGUCCGGCCGCCAACGGGAACCAUGACGACAGUGAUGCCAAAAAUGAGGGCGAAGGGGGUGUGACUCCCAGCACUCCCAAUGUCAAGAGCAAGAAGAAGCUCGCUGAUGAAGAGGACGAUGGAACCUGGACCGUGGACGUGAGCGCAGAGGCGGUGCGGGCAAGGAUGCAAGAUCUGACCGAGGGUGCGAAGAGUAUGACGUUGUCUGAAGACAGCGAGAAGAAUGAGAAGCAGCGUAUGGACCUGUUCUACUCGUUCCUGAAGCAGAAGUAUGACGCGGGUGACGUCACCAGCACCGCGGCUAUUGCCGACGUCCUACACGAGGCCGACCGGUUGGAUGUGAAGUCAAAGUCGCUGCUCGUGGCGUUCGAGAUUCUGGUGCGGCCCGCGUCGCUAGCGGCCGACGUGAAGAAACACCGUUCGCUGUUGCUGCGGCUGGCGGGCAGCGAGCCUCGCGCCUGUCGCGCCGCGCUCCACGCUCUCACCGCACUGUGCCACCACCACCCCGCGCUGUGUCCGCGCGUGCCCGCCGUGCUCAAGUUGCUGUAUGACCUGGACAUAGUGGACGAGAAGACGAUUAUCGACUGGGGCGCGAAACCGUCGAAGAAGUAUGCGCCCAAGGAGGUGGUGGCCGAUGUGGUGAAACGCGCGCAGCCCUUCCUGGAGUGGCUCCAGCAGGCUGACGAGGAGGAGUCCAGCGAGGAGGAGGAUGAGCUCGAGAUUGAGUACGACGACCGCGCCAAGGCCACCCCCAUCAAGUCGGUGUCGGCUCCCUCCAAGCCCGCCCCCAAGCCGCGCGACGAUGACGGAGACAUUGACGUCGACAUCGACGCCAUUUAACGACCCACUACUGACCCCCAAGCACGACACUAUAGUUUUAUUUUACCUCGUACCAAUGGCAAUAGGAGAUGUUUCAACCAAAAUUGUUCCUUUGAGUUGAUAAUACCGGAUUCAAUCACUUGGAUCAUUUAUUUGGCCUCUAAUAUUUUAUUGCGACUGUUUUUGUCACAUAAACAAAUUGACUGAAUUGUGCUAGGGACUUUCGAGGACAGCGCAAUUUUUUUUUAAUGUAAUUUUGGAGUGGAAUAUUUUAAUAUUGAUAGGCAUGGCGAUUCUGCUGCCAUGUAGUAUUGUUGUAAUGACAACAACACUAUAUUGAUGGCAAUCCUGAUUGUUCAAGUCGACAGAUCAAUAACAAUUUCAAAAUUGUAAUGAUUGGCAGCACUCUUCUGGCACAUCAUCUGUUUUUAUUUAGGAUGCACUGGACAGUACUCUCAGUACUUUGGAUUAUUUUAUGUAUGGUACAGUAUAAACACGUGCAAUGCACUAGCGAUUGGACUGUUCGCAGACUUAGACUAGACACGCAAAUUAGUGUUUUUAUAGUUUACUACUGCUAGACCACUAGACAGAUUAUAUUACGUAAUAUUUUGGAAUGAUAACAUCCAAGCAUUCUGACAAUGCUGAAAUAUUAAAUUCAAAACAACAAUUUUCUGAUACAUUAUCAAAUUAAAUAUAAACACAUAUAGGCAAAAAUACGCUUUAAGUGUACUUUCAGUAGCCUUACCUAAAAUAAAUGCUGUGUCUUUUUAUACAAACUGAAAGGCUUAUAAAUUGUUGUAAAUAAUGAUUUCAUGAAGUGAAUAAUAAUUUUUUUUUGUGUGUCUGGUCUAAUUAUUACUAAACAAUGCUUUAUGAAAUAUUUUAAAUAUAUUUCUUUUCAAAUAUCCAAAUAUAAAAAUUACUUUAUAAAAUUAUAUGUGAUUACAAUGAUUAAGAUUGGACUCCAAGGGAGUGAGGUCUUUUUUACAAGUCAUUAAAUUUUAAUAUAUUGUAUAGUGGAGCGCUUUUACGUAGAUCUAUACAUGUUAUGAUCAUAUACAUGACAUGAUCUGACUAAUGUACGCAAUGUUGAGAAAUUUAACUUGUAUCCUUUGAGAUAUUUAAGUUUAAAACCAUGAGAAAACCUAAAAGAUGAGCAAGUUAGGCCACGAGAUAAUAUGAUUGCUGUGAAAAUCUUUUUAAAUUGUUAUUUUUGGAUCCAAUAACUAUUUCUUUAGUUUAAUUAGAUAAAUCCGUAAAUAUCUUUGUUACAGAAGUAUUGGAUCUACCGUAUAUAUGGUAAAUGCCAAAUGUUUCGUUCCUAUGUCGUCUGAAAGUAGAGCAGUUGGUUAGAUGCUGCUUUACAUGUUUCGUAAUAAUAUUCUGCCUGAGUUGCUAAACUUAUGAACGUCAUGUCGUGAUUAGACGAAAAAUAUUAUGAAAAGCUCUCAGUGAAAUAAAUUUACAAAGCCUCGGACAUGCUGUCAUCUCACCAACUGUUCAAUGGCACAGCGACAAUUUAACCAUUGUUAUGGUCAAGACAAUGUCUUCGCAGGUGGUCUCUACAGAUUGUACAAGGGUCACAAAAGUGAUAGCGCGAAUGGGGUUACCCGUCAAGAUUUUUCACUGUAAUGCAUCAGUUUUUAUGAAUUUUCUUUUCUGUCGAUGAUUUUGGUAAUUGUGAUUCCACGGCGCGCUUUUUCUAUUCGAUUUCGUGUUUUGGCAACCCCUUAUUUCUGUUUUCUUUCUAUUUCUUAAAUAACAUUUUAUCAAUUCUGCACUUGAUGUAUUUACCUCAUGACUGAUUUGAUGGUGGUACAAUAAAACAACUGCCUGUGUGUGACGACAUAAUGAUUGAUAUCUGUCCAAACCGACCUUGGCUACUUCAACUUAUCUUUGGCAGUAAGACCAAAUGACGAAAUACAUAUAAAUAUUAUUAGGUAAUCUGAAGUAGUUGUCACAUCACGAAAUUGGAUAACAUUAUAAGAUAUAUUAUAUUGUAUAUGAUAAUAUACGGUGAGAGCGGCCCGGUGCGCUGGUUUCAAUUGCCACCUUUAUUAGUGUUUUAUAUUCAAAUACAUUUGAAUUCUA